AUGGAAGAGGCUGGGUUGUACUUUCAUUUAUAAUUGAUCAGCCUCCCCCACGCGGCCCUCCCCUCGGGGGGGCGGGACUGCCUGUGGGCGGGGGACACCUGCUCCAGCGACGACACCUGCAGCCCGCGGCUGCGCACGCUGCGGCAGUGCGUGGCGGGGGACGGCAGCGUGAAGCUGGGCCCCGGCGCCCGCAACCAGUGCGAGGCGGCCAUGACGGCGCUGCUGUCCACGCCGCUGCACGGCUGCCAGUGCAAGAGGGGCAUGAAGAAGGAGAAGAACUGCCUGAGCAUCUACUGGAGCCUGCACCAGUCGGUGCUGCACGGUCUCAACCUGGUGGAGAACUUCCCCUACGAGGCGGAGGAGCGAGGCUCAGACUACGUCCGCCUGGCAUCCAUCGCUGCAGAGUCGGAGGUGACCACGGUGAACCGCUGCCUGGACGCGGCCAAGGCCUGCAACAUCGACGACACCUGCCAGAAGCUGCGCACCGAGUACGUGUCGUCCUGCAUCCAGCCCUCGGCGCGCUCCGGCCCCUGCAACCGGGCCAAGUGCAGCAAGGCGCUGCGCAAGUUCUUCGACCGCGUGCCGCCGGACUACACCAACGAGCUGCUCUUCUGCCCCUGCACCGACACGGCCUGCAGCGAGCGCCGUCGCCAGACCAUCGUGCCGGCCUGCUCCUACGAGGACAAGGAGAAGCCCAACUGCCUGGCCCAGCUGCGGGUGUGCUGGUCCGACUACGUCUGCAGGUCCCGGUGGGCCCAGUUCCAGUGGGACUGCCAGCCGUCGGAGACCACAGCUAGCGGCUGCACACAGGACAACUACGGGGCCUGUCUGCUGGCUUACACCGGCCUGAUAGGAAGCACCAUCACCCCCAACUACCUGGACAACUCCACGUCCAACGUCGCCCCCUGGUGCUCGUGUGCGGCCAGCGGGAACCAUCGGGAGCAGUGCCACCUCUUCCUGGAGGCCUUCCAGGACAACGUGUGCCUCAAAAACUCCAUCCAGGCGUUCGGCAACGGCUCAGACGACCGCACGGCGUCCAGCCACCCGGCCACGCCCCCCCCGGCCACCGAGACCCUCAGCGCGCCGCCGCUGCCCACCGCACCCGUAUCCAUGGAAACGGAGCAGAGCAUUCUGAGGGCACAGAUCCCCACUCAGGAGAACGACAGACUGUGGGGAGACGAGGAGGACUCCACCCUUCCGUCCCCGGGCCUGUCGGACGCCAGCUCCAAGCCCAGCCUGAGGCCCCUCCUGCUGGGCACGGUCCAGUGUGCUCAGAUGUUCAUGUGGUCCACUUAG